CAGGUGUGUAAGUUACAUUAGAAACGAUUUACUAGGUCUAUAUACUUACUUAAUUAUUCACGAAUAAAAACGAUGUAAGCUAUAUAUGUGACUUUGAAUUUUUUUGCAAGAAACAAAAAUGGGGACAUAUUAUUAUUUUAGUUGAUUUUAAUGAUCUUUAAUUUUCCUACCAAAUAAAUAAAAUGGCGUCAUUCAUAACAGCUAUUUCGUUGUAUGUUAUGCUAUUUGAUUUGCUGCGAAACGGUGAAUACUUCAGACAGAUACAGUACAUUUCUAGUUUUUUUUGACUGGGUUAGAAGCUCUCAUACCCUUAUUGUAUCCUGUGUCAGGGCUAGAUGAGUAUGUUUGUUAAGUUCGAAACAAUUUCUUAGUAACACAUGCAUUAAAAUCGCUACUCCUGCAGUCACAGUAGAUAUCGGGUGAGGAGUUCAUUUCCGGAGAUUCACAUCAAGUUAUAAUCAGACCGUUUUCGCCAUCUUAAAGAAAGCAAGAAAAGAUAUUUCAGCAGAAUGGCAUGAACUCAUUUUAUUUCAUUUGGUUCUUGCCAGCUGCUCAAAACCUUUUAUAUUCAAAAUUCUUAAUUUAAAAGUUUACACAUUUUAAUGACCAGCCAUGCCAACAAAGGGCAAAACACUGACAGCAUGUUUUCCUUUGGAUUAGUAUCGUCACAAUGUAGUGUGAAAUUCAUGAUUCGUAAGGAAGUCUGCAAGUUAGCAUACAGAAUGAUCACGCGAUGCCAACAGAAUAGCCUAAAAACAUAUCUUUAUGGAAGAUACUCAUUUGUUGGAGUUUCCAGCUUGAAUGUUAUCGUAAAUAGAAUUGAACAGAACAAACAAUCAAGCACCCCUGAUGAGUUUUUGAUACCUUUUGAGCUUGCUAAAUACGAUAUUUUCAGCAAUUCAGAAAGCCAGUCUUUAGAUCGUGCCAUUCAAAGUAUUUGGAAUGAUUAUACCUUGAAACCACUUAGUUUGGAUAUCACCAAUUGUAUACAGUUCUGGGCGUAUGCCUGUGUUACAAAAAGUGACAAUAACAGGGAUGGAAGGGUUAACAAACUUCAAGAUUUGACCUUCGAAAUGUACUUUUCAAAGUUUAAAGUGGAAUGUUUGGUUUUAGAUUAUUUAGUGAAUCUAACGCUAAUCGGUAAACCAUCCUUAGUUUCAUCAUUACUCGUAAAAAGCCUUGAGACACCUAACUUUUGUUUGUCUGAAUGUACUGAGUCUUUAAAUGAUUGUGAUAAAGGAUCCGAUGUACGUUUUGGUUAUCUAAACAUGACUAACUUGGGAAAAAUUUCACUUCAUUUGGCUACGGAUCCAAUCAUUUUAACCUCAUCUCCCGUCGGAAUAUGGAUUUCUGGGGUUAAAGAAGCUUGUGAUUUUCGCAUAUGGAAAGCCUGCUUACACUUUAUUUUGAUCAAUGAGACCCAAAUAAAUAGAUUGGUCAAAAGUGAUUAUUUGGGAUACAUGAAUUCGACAAAAAAUUCACUCAUGUUGCUGGCUGUUUAUCAAUGCGAUUCGAGCCUGCCACGUUUCUAUGAAACUAGUAUAGUAUAUUCAUACGAAACUGAUACUUGUGAUUCUUCAGUGUAUAUAAGGCUACACAGAAAUUCUAAGGAUCCAUUGCAGUUAAAGUUUACUAUUUUGUCAAGUGAUGAAGAUAGUGUAUCUCUUCCAAAAUUCACUUCCGAAAAUUCAGAAUAUUUUACAUGGAAUUUGGUGAAAAAUAUUUCACCUAAAGAAAAUUUGACCAUUUUAAAAGAAUCAGUGAAACAAUUUUGUGACUCUGUUCAUGGUUUGGAAUAUUUUGAUGAUAAGUUUGUUUGUCUAGCGAUUCCUACUUUGUUUUCUGCAAUAUCAAAAAUCUCUGCCCGUUGUUUAUCUGAAAACAAGAACAGUAUGAAAAGUAAUCUGAACUCUCAUCCAUCUAGUGGGGAAUUUAAAAACUUGGAUUUAUCUGAAUCUCAUAUUCUAGAAGCUUCUUUACUAUCUGAAGAGGGUGUUAAAACUUUAUAUCAGAAUUCUGGAGGACGUCAUUGCUAUAGAAUUACUUCAGAACAAUUAGAUGAAGAAUCUUUUCCAAGAGAGCCUCCUAAAAAGUUAAAUGGUUUCAUUAGAAGUGGCGAAUCAUCUGACAAUAAUUUAAAUCAAGAGGAUACUUAUAAUUAUGAUCCGAAUCGUUAUCGGAAUUUUCCUAAUCUUAUUACUUCAUGUGCAUCAGUUUUACCAGUUAAUAGAACUUCAACACCUGACACAGGAUAUACUGUUAAUGUUGGUUCCAAAGCCGUUUUCCCGGGAAUUCAUUCAAGGUGUGAUAUUAUCGAUAUAACAAUGCAUUUUCAUCCUAUCCUCUCCAACCUUCCGAUGAAUCAGUUGGAGCGUCUUGAACAAAUCAUUACUAACAUGUUAAGGAAGAAGAAAAUUGGCUGUUUGGCACCAAAUACUUCAAAAAAUCGUUUGGUACAUGGUGAUAACCAGGAUUGUUUUCACAAGCAUGAUAUAAAACAGGGUAUAAGUAUUGGUGUUAACACAACUUUUGUAUCCAGUAGAACCAAUUUAAAGAAUAAAGAACAGCUAAGCAAUACUCAAAGUUGUGAUAGUAUGAAUAAUCAGGAUGUGCGAUCUUUAGUUUCUAAAAGGAAAUCGUCCUAUCCUAAUGAUAGUUUAAGCAUCGUACAACAUCACAACAAUAAUGUAAAUUAUACAAGACGAGAUGCGUUUACGAAUUCUGGCCCUAUAUUUCAACUCAAAUCAUCGAGCCCGAUGCAUUCAAAAGGCAUAAAGGAGGCAAAUAUACAACAAGUUUUGAAUAAUAGAAUGAGAUGUGAUUCUGCAGCUUCUGCACCUCAUCCAAAUAGCGAUAAUAUUACAAAAAACUUUUUCAAUCAAGAAUUGCGUACAUCGAAUUCGAUUCCUAUUGUUUUUAAUGAAAAAGACGAUUGUAUCAACUAUCGUGUAGAUAGUAAUAAAAAUCCUGGAAACUUCAAUCGGUUGCAGUCUGAUCCAAACAAGAAAGGUGAUAAUCCCUCGUCAUCGGCUACCAUGGUCAAUGGUACUGAAUUAACUGAUAGUAAUUGUAAAAGAGCUGACACUGGUACAUACGUUGAUCCCAGUCAUUCAACGAACCAGCUUAAUGUGAACCAGGAAUUAGCUGUUCCAGAAUCUAUUCAAGAUAUACAUUUAGUGAAAGUGAAGAAGAGAAACGAAAACUUUCUUAAUAGUGGAUGUGUAGGCGACACCGAUCAAAGUAUUUACUUAUCUUCUUUAGUAAAUAAAUAUUUGGGUAACAAAGCUGUUGAUAGCGGAACAGUGGAUACAGAUAGUUCUACAGUAGUCGACUACAGCUUAGCGACACUGGAUUAUAUGAAGCGACAUGGUAUAAUUGAAUGUUGUGGAGAUAAUAAAUGUAAACAAAGUACUGCGCCAGUAGCAAGUAGUACUCCGACCGCUAACCACGAAAAAGCAUUACAUAACUAUACUUGUUUUAACGACCGAAGGGAUGAUUCUGUGUGUACUCCAUUGAGUGACCCGUCAUCUUUCACUCCGUUUGUGUCUAAAGAUCCAAAAUCACCUGACCUUACAACUGGAGAGUCGCUCCCAAAUAUAAUGAAUGAGUUGGGUCUAGAUAAAUUACAAAUGACACAACAUGCUGAAAUAUGCAACCGUGACACUAAGUAUCUGUCUACCUUGUCUGGUUGUUCAUCAGAAAAAGAUACUUCAAUACAACCAACUUUAACAGUAUCUGAAUACUCACACAUUUUUGAUUAUGAGCCCAACGUUAUAAACGGUCCAAUUCUCGACUUGGAACGAUUACGAUCGCUUCCCAAACUCCUGUGACCCUCGUUGUGUACGAAGUGUACUUUGAAAUAAAUUUAAAACUUAAGAUGCUUGUGAUGGGUGUUACAAAAUGAUGUAUUUUGUAUUUUAAUUUAUCAUUUUUAUAAAUAAUAUUUUACAAAUAAUAUCUUAGAUGGUGGUGCGUGUUUCCAUAAUAAUGAUUAUGAAUUCAAUACAUAUCUUCAUCAUCAUUGU